CUAUUUAAUUUCGACCAAAACAUCCUAUUGCUGCUGGAAUUUCUGCCCGUAGCCGGCCGAGAGAACGCGUAACUGGCGGGAAGAGACAUGGCCGCGUCACCGCUUCUUCCUGCAGGGACGACGGGAGGGAACCCAAGCCUAGAAGGAGCCGCUGCGAUGCCUCCGCUGCCUGGGACCGACAUGACAGGGAUCUGCUUUCGGGAUCAGCUCUGGCUAAACACCUACCCUCUCGAUCGCAAUCUCGUUUUCGACUACUUCGCACUUUCCCCCUUCUACGAUUGGAGCUGCAACAAUGAGCAGCUACGCUCUCGAUCCAUCCAUCCACUUGACUCGUCACACCUUUCGAAGAUGACGGGAAACGAGUACAUGCUGAGCGAGGUGAUGGAGCCCCAUUUAUUUGUGAUUCGGAAGGUGAAGAGAGACAGCCCUGAGAAAACCACGGCUAUGCUGACUUAUUAUAUUCUUGACGGUUCGAUCUACCAAGCUCCUCAGCUCAGCAAUGUCUUCGCUGCUCGCAUUGGGAGAUCUAUUUAUCACAUGUCAAAAGCUUUCAGCAUAGCAGCCUCAAAGUUAGAGAAGAUUGGAUAUGCUGAUUCUGAAACCGAAAGCACUAGUUCUGAAGCAAAAGUUGUGAAGGAGGCAAUUGAUUUUAAGGAAUUGAAACGAGUUGAUCAUAUUCUUGCAUCAUUACAACGGAAGCUGCCUGCUGCACCCGCUCCCCCUCCAUUUCCUGAGGGCUAUGCGCCACCUGCUUCUGAAGCAGAGAAGGGCACAGAAGAUACACAAAAUCCAGAAGCACAGCUUCCAACAGUUGAUCCUAUUAUCGACCAAGGACCAGCAAAAAGGAUGAAAUUUCAAUGAUCUAUAGUCGCCAAUUAAAUGUGUUUGUUCUUUUUCUGUA